CGCGGCUCCGAGCCUCUUCUUGCCAAUCGCCUUCUCCGACGUUUACUGGCUCCUCUGGCUCAACUGACUUCACUGGGUUCCCCGGGAGCGAACCGGCCAUCCUUUCCUCCAGCAGCCAGCAUCGCGGCGAUCCGUGCGAGCGUGCACACCUCACGAUUGGCCGCAGUUGCCGACAGUUGCCGACACAGUUGGCCAAGACACAGUCGCCGGCCCAACUGCAGAGUCAGUCUGCGCCUCGCGGUCCGCGCUUCAGCAUCGGCCUGUCGAGUCACGACGCGAUUUGCCUGGCCACGAAUAUUCCUGCGAGUGGGACUUGUUGUCGUUCGAUGUGCACGUAAAGGAAGCUCGGAUGGAAAUUGGGCCACGCGCAGGACGCUACGCGAGGCUGGAUAUAUUUACGUGGGACCCAAUCGGAUCCGAUCGAUCGAUCGAAAGACUCGCGCUACUUUUUCUCUUGUCUCGGGAGUGAACAAAAGUUGAGAAACUUGGAAGAACUCGAAACACAGUGACAUGGAGUAACGCGAGGACGGGAUAGACUGAUAGAAGAAGGAAUUGUCACACGAAGGACUAUCGGGCGGGGGAGGCAGGAGGAACCGGAAGUAGAGCUCACUUCCAUCUCGAAUGACUCCUUCCUCGUGUCUCGCGUCUCAUCUCUCCUCUUACCUUCUACCUCCUGGCUCCUGUUCCAGCCCCCGACUGUCUAACAAUUCCGCGGAAACGCGUGGCCAGCCCGCCGUGCCAGGUCCCGUAGACCCUCGGGCGGCCAGAUUCCUUCCUUCUCCCUUAAUAAUCGUUAAUGAUCGCCCCGGGAUUUCGACGGGCGCCAGCGAGCCGAUUACGGGGACAGCAGAGGCGUCGAAAAAUGGCCUUUGAAUCGAGGGAGACCUAAAUCGCCCAAAACGCCCGGCAAAGUAAUAGCCAAUAAUGCAAUCCAGCAUCUGUUAUGGUCAGCCCGUUACGUUAGCGCUUCCACGUUUUUGCCUGGUAGAAUAAUUGUUCGUGGGCCGGAUGUCCGCACAACGGAAGUUACGGUGUCUAGAGCGGUUUGAUCGAUAUUGUGGCCUGUCGAGCGGGUCUGCUACCAGAGAGACAGUCUUUUCAGCCGCAGCACAGUCGGCCGAAGGCUCGCAGCACCUUUCGCUCUGCGUCCGCGGUUGAGGCCAAGUAGAGCCUGGCUGUUUUGCAAUUUCCGGCACUCGCUGCCGGCUCGGCUAGGCACGCCGAGCGAAGGUGCGAAGGUUGCCGAUCGGUCUAUGGAAAAGGGGAACGAGUUCAGUCGUGGGCGAUUCGCGUGGGUCGUGCAGCAGAAUCCUUUAGCUUGGCGAGUCGCGCGAUCGAAAAUCCCUCGUGCUGCGGGAAGAAGAGAAGGUGCGGGACGCGAAUGUGAUCGGCAGUGCGGCAGUGCGAGUGUCUCUGGAAAUUGGCGACUCCUGCCUCCCAGGCUGGGAGGCUUCGAUCUCUUUCCGUCCGAGAGGCUCCCACGUCGCGACGCUGCCUUUCGUCCUCGUAGGAAUCCAGUUUGACUUUUGACCCUUGACUCCGGUUGAACGAAAGUUCAAAACGCACUCGCGGCUCGCGAGCGCUGGCGCGGAGCGCGGAAGGACGCGCGUGGGAAGCGUCGGAGGAAAAGGAAAAGUUCGAGGAAGGAGGAAAGGAGGGUGAGAUCCAAAGCACAGUCGACUAAGGAGGACUCCGUGAAAUCCUGAGAAAAAGGCGAAGCGUCGCCUUAAUUAACCGAAAGUCCAAUCAGGCGCGCCUGACUCUAUCAGUUGGUCGUGAAGUUCCGAAGAAAGAUGGUCGUGUCCCACCGGGAGCCGAGCAUCUCCUCGAACAUACGUGCCAUCAUCGAGCAGCUCAACCUGAAUCCCGUGGAGCGCAGGAAGUACGUCAGUAAGAAAACUCAGAGUCAGGAGAAUCGUCGAUGUAAAGGCGUCAAUAACGUCAAUAACGUCAAUAACGUCAAUAAAGUCAAUAACGUCAAUAACGUGAACAAUGUCAAUAACGUGACGAGAGUGAGCAUUGGAGUGUACGGCUGCGAAACUGUCGAGUACGACGUUUACGCCAGCACGAAACGCAGCAUCGAAAGUCAGAAUGCGAAGCAGAGAGCAAACUCGAGGCAAAGGUUGCCCGCAGCGGAGCGACUGUCGACGGACGUCGAAACGCAGAAACGCACGCAGCGAGCGGUGCAGCAUAUCGAGCGCACCGAGCGCACCGAGCGCACCGAGCGCACCGAGAACAAGAUCACGCAGGGCGCGCAGGUCCAGCAGGUCCAGCAGGUCGCGGAACCGCUACAGCCAACUAGACCUUCCAAGGAUGGUCCAGAGCGAACGGUCUCACCGGUCAAGGAAGACUUGCCGCGACUGGAAAGUGCCAGUCUCAACCACACGGCAGCCUUGCAUCGAAUUUCCGUACGGCCAAAGAACAGACGGCCUCCAAGACCACGACGAACCAUCUCGCUGGACGUCGCGACGCCCUCGAACGACGCUGCCACCAGCACCGAGGAAGCGUCCGACAACCUCGACAGUCUGGAGCCGGCCGGUAGCAGCAACACGGGCUCCCCCGUAGAGUCGAAGAAUGUCUCGAUUCUUCGUAAAUCCUCGAGCAGGUUGUCGCGGAGCUCCGACAUCUUCGAGGAGCUCGAGGGGAAGUUACCGCGGAAGGCGCCGAGUGCCGUCUCCCUGUCGCCGGAUAGUCUGGACGCUUCGGUCGCUUCCAAGACGAGCGAGAGGAGCGAGCACGAGGAGAGGCCAGCCGAGACGAGUAGGCCGGUCACGAGGAGAGCCUCGAAUCGCGUCUCCCAAGGCCCGGAUAUCCUUGAAGAACUGGAGGCCAAGUUACCAAGGAGGCACUCCUCUUCGAAAAGCCUCUCCAAGUCGCCGGACAGUCUCGAGAGCUCCUGGUUCUCAAAAUCGAGCGAAGCUUUCGAGAAACUCGAGGAGGACACCGAGGAUCUAUCGAAGCCAGUGGCCCUCGUUAAAUUGAGACAAUCGAUUCCGUACUCAAAGUCGAUCGAUCGAGUUUCCAAAUCGUCCGACAGUCUCGAAAUGAUCGACGCGCUCAGCAACGACGACUCCGUCGAGCGGAGGCGCAGUGGUUUUGAAUUUAGGGCUCGCAGGCAAGCGAAAGUCAUGUCCAAGUCUUCCGAGAGUUUCGAAGCUUUGGAGAAGAUCGAAAGAGAGUCGCCGGUAAGUGAACUCGAGAAGAGGAGCAGUGCUUCCGAUCUGAAUUUAUCUCGGCCGAGGCGACACAGCAGCAAGAUAUCCUUUGCCUCUUCGGGUGACCUUGAAAAGCCCGAGGAGACGGUUGGGGUCAGGCCCGAAUCGGUUCGCUCCAGCGUCGAUCUUCUUAAGAGCAGCCGAAGGCCCUACAAAAGGACAACAGCUUCCUCGGAAAGCUCGGACAAUCUUGAGAUUGAACAGGACGAUGAGCUUGAGAAUCGCAGACCUAGGAGAAUGGCCAAAAGAAUUUCCAGUGGCAGUAUCGUCGACAUUCGGCACGCUGAGAAAAGUCCUACCGAGACGGAAAGAAGAGCCGCGCCGCUGAGGAAGCCUUCGAGACUGGAGAAAUCCUCCGAGAGCUCGGAGCUAGGAAGUACCGACACCUUGGAUUCGGAGAAGAGGAACAAGUCGUCGGGCAGCACCGAGACUCUCGACAGUCUCGAGAAGGAUCUCGAGCUGGACAGACGAGAGGAGGAAGUAACGGACAGUGUCUUGGAGAAACGCGAGAAAAACGAGGCCUGGUCGCUUAGAACAGCGGAUGCCGCAGAUAUUGAAAGCUCAGAAGAUGCAAAGCAGCCUCUCAUCUCGGAGAAAUCCUACUGGAGACAGUCGAACGACUCGAAGGAGAACAUGGACAUCCAUCAACUGCUGGCCAUAACGAUAGUCACGCGGAUGGCCGACAACGGGAAUCAUCAGCGAGGCUCCGUAAUGUUUCCAAAGAGGAAACUCUCGUCGCCACCGACCUCCCCUGAAAAGCAGGAAGACAACAAACUCCUCUUUCACAACCUCCUCGCUAGCAAGAACGACGAGGACCUGCAGAAUAUGCUCAAUGGAAACAUAUCGGAGGUCUCUACGGAUACGAAAAGCUUCAAAGAAAAGCUUAUUAUGUUCGAGAAGCUUGGCAAAUGAACUCAUCCCCCCCCCCAACUCUGCCUCUAAUUUGCUCUCAUCCUUUCCCCCCUUUUCCUACCACUUCUCUUCUCCGUUUCUCUAUCUGCAUUUUUUUUUCUUUCAUUUUUAUCUUCUCUCUUGACGCAUUCAAUUGUUUGUGUCUGCUGUUUGUUUGCCUGUAAUGUAAGUCAUAAGCGAUGCUCGCCAGCGCCAUUUUGUUAUGGAACGGAUCGUGUUCGGAGCAUUCGAAUGUUUCAGUGACGACGUAACGAAUGCUCAUUAAAUAGACGAAACACUGUUUCCGGAAGGGAGUAAUGUUAGAGCCAAGAAAAUUAUUAUCCAUGUGGAGCAUGGAAAAAUCCACGUGCACCGCUAAGCGGAGUGAUCAGCCAUCAGUGCAGCAACAGUUUUAUAAGGAGUCUCCUCGACCCUCUUACUUUAACAUUUCCAUUUGAUUAAUCGAUUAUCCUUAAUAAAUCUCUCCUCCCUUCUCGGAGCUUCGUUCCACCUGAUCGUUUCCUCGUGCCUCUCUCAAUGAAUAUUUCCUAGUAAACAUUCACCACAGACUUGCAGCCUGUAGCAUUAGCGAGUUGACUCUCGGGACGCACGACGUUACAAUCUCACUUCUUGCACGGUUCGAUAAGAGUCUAGACUCUGGAGCAUAGUAUUACUUUAAUCUUAAGAAUAUCUUUGUUGUACAGUAUGAUAGAAUCGAUCCAGGGAUCGAAACCAAUAAUCCUUGUGUGUACACAUUAUAUCAGUAUGUAAAAAUUAAAAAGGAAUGCAAUUAUUGUCGCGAGUCGCCUUCCCGAUCACGUGAAUCGGCCUAUGAAGGAAAUGGGUAAUUUGGCUCGCGGGUGACGCAGCCCUUAUUUAUUUCAUUUUUGAGCCCUUCGAGUGCCUUAGCAAAGAUAGCGUGAACUGAAGUGAAUUUAUUGCAUUAGGGAUCUUCGGCUACCUGCCGCUAGUCCAUCUUGGCCAAUUCAGAGACUCCUGCACGUUCUAGAGUCUCUUAACACGCGACGCAGGCCUCCAAUCAGCUUCCAAUGUAUACGUAGCCUUUUUAGAAUACAAAUAUAUUAGAGAUAAAAGUGUCAAACACGUUUAACAGUUGGAGAUCCGUAUGAGGGAUUACGCGCAAUAUGUAAAUAAAGUUGCCACCAUUACACAGUUCAA